CUCAGAGCAGUGCCGAGCGCUUAGCGGAGCGGUCACGGCCGCUUUUCACCCCUCUCUCUCCAGCAAUGGGGCUCCCUAGCGGGUCUCUCGCAUCCCUCAUCUUCCGCCUCUUCCUCCUGCUUCAGGUGCAGGUUUGGUGGCUGCCGUGCGCGGCCUCCGAGCCUUGCCAGGCGGGCUCCGCUGGUGCUGAAGUGACCUUGGAGGCGGGAGGCGCGGAGCUGGAGCCGGGCCAGGCUCAGCGGAAAGUUUUCAUGGGCUGCCCUGGGCAAGAGUUGGGCCUGCUUAGCACUGACGACGACCCCACUGUACUGAACGACAGAACAGCCCAGGAAAAGAAGGCACUGAAGAUCUCCCCAUCCAAACGUAUCUUACGAAGACACAAGAGAGAAUGGGUGGUCCCGCCGCUGUCUGUCUCUGAGAAUGGCAAGGGUCCCUUCCCUCAGAGGCUGAAUCAGCUCAAAUCUAGUAAGGACAGAGGCACCAAGAUUUUCUACAGCAUCACAGGGCCUGGAGCAGACAGGCCCCCUGAGGGUGUCUUCGCCAUAGAGAAGGAAACGGGCUGGUUGUUAUUGAAUAAGCCAUUGGACCGGGAGGAGAUUGCCAAGUAUGAGCUCUUUGGCCACGCCGUGUCAGAGAACGGUGCCUCAGUGGAAGAACCCAUGAACAUCUCCAUCAUUGUGACAGACCAGAAUGACCACAAGCCCAAGUUCACCCAGGAUGUCUUUAGAGGGAGCGUCUUGGAGGGGGUACUACCUGGCACUUCUGUGAUGCAGGUGAUGGCCACAGAUGAGGACGAUGCCAUCAACACCUACAAUGGGGUGGUUGCUUACUCCAUUCAUAGCCAAGAGCCAAAGGAACCUCACGACAUCAUGUUCACCAUCCACCGGAGCACGGGCACCAUCAGCGUCAUCUCCAGUGGCCUGGACCGGGAGAAAGUCCCUAAGUACACACUGACCGUCCAGGCUACCGACGUGGAUGGGGACGGCUCCACCACCACAGGAACAGCCAUAGUAGAAGUCCUCGAUGCCAAUGACAAUGAGCCUGUGUUUGAUCCCCAGAAGUAUGAGGCCCGGGUGCCUGAGAACGCAGUGGGCCGUGAGGUACAGAGGCUGACAGUGACCGAUCUGGACGCCCCCAAUUCACCGGCGUGGCGUGCCACCUACCGCAUCUUGGAAGGUGAUGAUGGGGGCCAUUUUACCAUCACCACUGACCCUGAGACCAACCAGGGUAUCCUGACAACCAGGAAGGGCUUGGAUUUUGAGGCCAAAAACCAGCACACACUGUACGUUGAAGUGACCAACGAAGCUCCAUUCGUAGUGAAGCUCCCAACCUCCACAGCCACUAUAGUGGUCCACGUGGAGGAUGUGAAUGAGGCGCCCGUGUUCGUCCCACCCUCCAACGUCGUCGAGGUCCAGGAGGACAUCUCUGCUGGGGAGUCUGUCUGCACUUACACUGCGCGGGACCCUGACAAGGGCAGUCAGAAGAUCAGCUACCAGAUCUUGAAAGACCCAGCAGGGUGGUUGGCGAUGGAUCCAGACAGUGGGCAGGUCACUGCUGCAGGAGUCUUGGAUCGUGAGGAUGAGCGGUUUGUGAGGAACAAUAUCUAUGAAGUCAUAGUCUUGGCCACAGACAAUGGGAGCCCUUCUGCCACUGGCACGGGGACCCUCCUGCUAACACUUAUGGACGUCAAUGACCACGGCCCUGUCCCUGAGCCCCAUGAGAUCACCAUCUGCAACCAAAGCCCUGUGCCCCAAGUGCUGAACAUCACGGACAAGGACUUGUCCCCCAACACCUCCCCUUUCAAGGCCCAGCUCACACAUGACUCGGACAUCUACUGGACGGCAGAGAUCAAUGAGAAAGGAGAUGCAGUGGCCUUGUCACUGAAGAAGUUCCUGAAGCAAGACACAUACGAGGUGCACCUUUCUUUGUCUGACCAUGGCAACAAGCAACAGCUGGCAGUGAUCACGGCCACCGUGUGUGACUGCCACGGCCACGUGGAGAACUGCCCCAUACCCUGGAAGGGGGGUUUCCUCCUCCUCCCCAUCCUGGGAGCCAUCCUGGCCCUGCUGUUCCUCCUGCUGGUGCUGUUCUUGCUGGUGAGAAAGAAGCGGAAGGUCAAGGAACCCCUUCUGCUCCCGGAAGACGACACCCGUGACAACGUCUUCUACUAUGGCGAAGAGGGGGGUGGCGAGGAGGACCAGGACUAUGAUAUCACCCAACUCCACCGGGGUCUGGAGGCCCGGCCCAAGGUAGUUCUCCGCAACGAUGUGGCGCCGCAGUUUAUACCCACACCCAUGUACCGUCCACGACCAGCCAACCCAGAUGAAAUUGGCAACUUCAUCAACGAGAACCUGAAGGCAGCUAACACGGACCCCACAGCCCCGCCCUAUGACUCCCUGUUGGUGUUCGACUAUGAGGGCAAUGGCUCUGAAGCCCCCUCUCUGAGCUCUAUCACCUCUUCGGCCUCUGACCAGGACCAAGACUAUGACUAUCUGAACGAAUGGGGCAGCCGCUUCAAGAAGCUGGCGGACAUGUAUGGGGACGGCCAGGAUGACUAGGCCUCGCGCCAGCAGGGCCAGGGACUAAACAUCAGGCCGCAGCUGCAUCUUUAAAGGGUCUCAGUCCCCCCUCAGCCAAGGACUUUGGAGCUGUUGAGAAGUGGCCUUAGCAACUUGGAGGGAGGAGGCUUCGAGACUGACAUUAGAGGGGUUGGUUUCUAAGCCUUUCAAACAUGGGCAGUUUGACUUCAGCACUGAAAACCUCCCAGCCUAGGGCAGAGAUGCCUUGGAAACUGAAUUUUUGGGAGUCUCUUCCCUGCCCUGAACUCCUCAGCCCUAUGUCCUGGGCCUGGACCAACUCUGACUCUCCAUGAUAACAUUCUCUCUGGACUGGACCUUUCUCCUUAGAAAGAGGCCUCUUUUUACAACCUGGGUUUUUUUUUUUUAAAUGCUAUUUUCAAAAAGUUAGAGGCGGGUCCUCAACAGUCCCCUGGAGCCCUCCAGAAGCCCAGGACAGAGCCACUCGGCUCGCUGGCCUUACACAUUUCUCUCUGGUCUUCAGGCCCAGAGGCCUCCUAGUUGAAUGGAUUACUGCCUUUUUAUACUGAGCACGACUAGGUUGUCCUUUGUUUUUAUUUUCCCUAUGGAGUGCUGUAGACAACAGGUGAUGACAAUCGUGUAAAUGUAAUAGAACUUUUUUAUUAAAGGAACUUUCCCAGAGA